AUGACAGAUAUUCCCCAAAACGCUCGCCGCAAGAAUCUGAUCGAGACGUUUGCGGCCCUGUUUCAAGCACUGUCGUAUAUAGACGUGCUGGGCCGGAGCUACGUCCUGAUGUCCCAUCGGGCUAGUGUUAACCCUCUAAUGCUGCCCUCGAUCAACCAGGGACAAGACAUCCACAACGAGCUGGCACAUCUAGCGCUGGCUGGGGUGCGAGACGACUCGCUGGACUCUCUCGACGAGGAGGCGGUGGUCGAGGCUGAAUCGACCCCGUUGAUCGACCGUACCAGCCUGAGAGGCUACUAUACCAGUGGAAAGCCAUCGGGACGAGACUCGACCCCUGAAACUGAGUGGAGCCAAGCCUACACUGACUUGGAGGCCCACCCCAGCAAGCAUGAUGGCCAGCAACUGCCGUCACUUUUCCAUCGCAUCCUCCUCAAACCGUUAUCGUACACCCCGGCAGUCUUCUUGGGGACAUUACUCAACAUUUUGGAUGGCCUUUCGUACGGGAUGAUUAUGUUCCCCCUUCUGGAGGCGGUCUUCGCCCUGUUAGCCCCAGCAGGAUUGCUGAUGUUCUACAUGCUGUGCAUCAUAUCACAAUUAGUAUACUCCUGUGGAGGGCUGGCGUUUAAGGCGGGUAUAGGGUCAGAAAUGAUCGAAGUGACGCCAUUCUUCCACACAAUGGCAUUUGCCAUAGCCAGCGAGAUGAAAGGGUCCCUGGACGAUGCUAUCGUCGCCACGGUGAUUGUGCUGUAUGCGGUGCUGUCCAUCGUCACUGGCUUGGUGUUUUGGCUUCUUGGUAAAUGUCGUCUCGGCGCCUUGGUCGGAUUUUUCCCUCGCCACAUUCUCGUCGGUUGCAUUGGGGGCGUUGGUUACUUUUUGAUAGUUACCGGCAUCGAGGUCAGUUCACGUUUAGAUGGUGGCUUGACCUAUACAAGUGAGACUUUCCGCUAUUUGUUUAGCCUGCCAACGGUAAUUCUAGAGUGGACAAUCCCCAUUUUGCUUGCCGCUAUCCUCGUCGGGCUAGAGCAUAUCAUUCACAAUAACUUGCUAGUGCCGAUCUUUUUCAUCGUCGUCUUCAUUGUGUUCCAUUUGCUUGUUGCAUUUAUACCUUCUUGGUCACUUGAAAAGGCUCGAGCUAUCGGUUGGAUAUUUCCAGCGGUUGAGGCUCUGACGCCGUGGUACGAAUUCUACCUGUUGUACAAGCUCAAUUUGGUCAAUUGGGUACUGGUAUUCCGCCAGCUCCCCACCAUGUUGGCCCUCACCUUCUUCGGUAUCCUCCACGUUCCCAUAAAUGUUCCUGCUCUUGCCGUCACUGUGGGCAUGGAUCAGUUCGACGUUGACCGUGAACUUGUUGCUCACGGUUACCUGAACUUUUUACUGGGAGCUUUAGGAUCGAUCCAGAACUACUUGGUGUACACCAAUUCGGUGAUGUUUAUCAAAGCUGGUGCCAAUGACCGUUUGGCAGGGAUUCUCCUUGCUGUAGCUACGGCAGCAGUGAUGAUGGCAGGACCUGGGAUUAUCGGUUAUAUUCCGGUUUGUGUGGUGGGGGCUCUCAUUUACCUUUUGGGAUACGAGCUUCUCAAGGAAGCGUUGUACGACACUUGGGGCAGGCUCCGCAAGGUCGAGUACAUUACCAUUGUCAUCAUCGUCAUCACUAUGGGUGCAGUUGACUUUGUCGUCGGUAUUCUUGUUGGCAUUUUGUUAGCUUGUCUUCUGUUCGUGGUCGAGGCCGCUCGUCGCCCUGUCGUCAAACUGGUGUAUACUGGGGCAGUAGCUCGACUGACAGUAUUGCGUCACACUAAACAACAGGAGUUUUUGGUGUCAGUGGGUCAACAGAUAUGCAUCGUCAAACUCCAGGGGACGCUUUUCUUUGGUUCCAUUGGUGGGGUCGAAGAAACCAUUCGCCACAAAUUUGAUCAUGACCAAUUCGAAGAAACUCCAAUCAAAUUUUUAAUUAUUGACAUGAAAGGGGUUGAUUCGAUCGAUUUCAGUGCUGCCGAAGGGUUCAGACGCAUUCUCAACCUCACUAAUGAGCAUAAUACUCAGCUCAUCUUCUCUCUGGUUAAUGAGGACGAUAAUACCAUCAAAGCAUUGAAAGACGCCGGUCUUUGGGAGCACAUCAACACUGAUUUCCCAAUCGAGUUGUUCAGCUCUCUCAACUAUGCUUUGGAGUGGUGCGAGAAUCGCUUUCUUUACAUCUACAAACAAUUGCGACGCAAAGAACUGCGUCAUGGUGUUCAGCCUACAGGAAUGAUUGCCCCUCGUCGCAGCUUCCGCCAAAGUCUUGCAGUGGGUACGCCCCGGAGUAAUCAAGUAUUUGAUGCGGCUCUGAGAACUGCUCGCGAUGAGACGUCAAUCCACAAUCGCUACUACAACCAACAAGGGAGCAAUGAAGCAUUCAAUAAGCAGCCAUUGCCAUUAUUGAUGAUCACUUUUGUUGGAUUAUCUGACCAAGAUGAGAAGUUCUGGUUGGCCAUAACCAAAUACUUUAUAAAAGAGCGUAUCCCUAAGGGUACCCAGUUUUACUCGACAUCAAACCACAAGGCUUCAUUCUACUUGGUGGAACUGGGGAUUGUUCGCCUGAUUAUCAAGUUCGAGGAGCAAGAUAAUGAGGUACAUUCUUCGAUUCUUCCCAACACUGCAUUCGGCGAUAUCUUUGACACCGCUCAAUUCCGUGAGGUGACCUACGAAGCUGCCACUGACGUUGUCGUGUGGAAUAUACCCCAACAAAAGCUCGUGGAAAUGCAUAAGAAUGACGAGGCAGUGUUCCGGGAACUUUUGCUCGUAUGCAACAAACUCACUAAGGAACGGUUUGACACUUUGAUGGCAACGUUAAUCAUCACUGGCUGA